AUGGACAAAGGAAAACACGCCUGGCUCUUCCUCACUGCAGCGUUCGCCAUCGAAUUCCUAACCAUUGGUCAAUCCUUCUCCUACGGCCGCUUCCAAUCCCACUACACCACACACGCCCCCUUCGCCUCCAGCUCCCAAUCCUCAUCCUCCUCCUUCGCCGCGGUAAUCGGCGUCUUGAAUCAAUCUCUCAUCCUCAUCUUCCUACCCCUCGUCCUGUAUCUCGCGCGCCGGAAACCGGGCUACGCUCGCUGGAUGGCCACAGUGGGUCUUCUCGGUUGUAUUGUGUCCAACAUAGCGAGUUCGUUCUGUACGAGCACGAUGCAGCUUGUGUUUACGCAGGGUGUGCUGCAGGGUGUGAGUGGUAAGAUACUUUCCUUUACGAACGGCAUAUGA